AUGCUGCUCGUCGCCGGCUACACGGCCGUCAUGCACGACCUGGCGACGGCGGUGGUGCUGGGUGUGAUCGCCUCGGCGCUGGUGUUCGCCUGGCAGCACGCCAAGCACAUCGGCGUCGACAUCAAGCACAACGAGUUCGGCAGCAAGAUCUAUCAGCUCCACGGCCCGCUCUUCUUCGCGUCGGCGACCUCGUUCAAGGAGCUAUUCGACCCUGCGAGCGAUCCCGACGAUGUGGUGAUCGACUUCUACUACACCCGGGUCUACGACCAGUCGGGCCUGGAGGCGAUCAGCGCGCUAGCGGAUAAGUACCAGCAGCACGGCAAACGCCUGCACCUGACGCACCUUAGCGCCGAGUGCCGUAAGUUGCUGAAGCGCGCUGGCGACCUCGUCGAGGUCAAUGUGUCCGAGGACCCGCAGUACCACGUGACGACCGAGCGGAUCAGCCCACUGCUGACGAUAACGGGGCAGGCACCAGCGGACGAGACGCGGCGAGAUGGCGACGUGCUGUUUCGUCUGGUUCUUGUCCAUCGACACGGAACGCCGCCACCUUUUCUUCUUCUUCGAGAUUCGAUCGUGACGACGCUAAUCCGAACGGCCUGCCUUGUGCUGGCUGCCGCGUUGUUGCCUGCCGUGACCGCUCAAGCGACGUCGGCUCGGGCCACGCCCAAUGUCGUGGUGAUCUUCAUCGACGACAUGGGUUACGCGGAUAUCGGGCCGUUUGGCUGCGAGUCGUACCCGACGCCGCAUCUCGACCGCAUGGCCGCCGAGGGGCGGGUCUUUACCGAUUUCCACGCCGCGACGGCCGUCUGUAGCGCGUCGCGCGCGGCGCUGAUGACAGGGUGCUAUCCAAACCGCGUAAGCAUCCAAGGCGCGCUGUCGCCCGGCGCCCGGCACGGGCUGCACCCCGACGAGACAACGAUCGCCGAGGUCUGUAAGUCGCGGGGCUACGCCACCGCGUGCUUCGGCAAGUGGCACCUCGGCCACCUGCCAGAGUUCUUGCCGACCCGCCAGGGCUUCGAUGAGUAUUUUGGCCUGCCGUACUCCAACGACAUGUGGCCCUACCCGCCGGGGCGGGAGGACCUCGAGCACGGCAGGCGGGGCAACUACCCACCGCUGCCGCUCUAUAAGGGCGAGCGGAUCGUCAAUGUGAAUCUCACGCCCGCCGAUCAAGCCCUGCUGACGACGCAGUACACCGAGCGCGCCGUCGACUUCAUCGACCGCCACGCCGGCAAGCAGCCGUUCUUCUUGUACGUGCCGCACACGAUGGUGCACGUGCCGCUCUACGUGUCAGAGAAGUUCGCCGGCAAGAGCGGCGCCGGCCUCUACGGCGACGUGGUGAUGGAGCUCGAUUGGUCGGUCGGCGAAAUCCUCGCCGCGCUCGAGCGCGGCGGCGUCGGCGACGACACGCUGGUGGUGUUCACUUCUGACAACGGCCCGUGGAUCAACUUCGGCGAGCACGCCGGCUCGGCCGGUCCGCUGCGCGAAGGUAAAGGGACGAUGUGGGAAGGCGGCUACCGCGAGCCCUGUGUGAUGCGCUGGCCGGCGCGCAUCCCCGCGGGGACGCGGUGCGACGAGUUCGCCACGACGAUGGACCUCUUGCCGACGAUCGCCGGCAUGAUCGGCGCCGAGCUGCCUGAGCGUAAGAUCGAUGGCAAGGACAUCCUCCCCGUGAUGACCGGCGACGCGCCGUCGCCACACGAGGUCUUCUACUGCUACUACGACCGCCAGCUGCGCGCGGUGCGCGGCACGCGCUGGAAGCUCGUGCUGCCGCACCAGUACCGGACCCUCGCCGGCCGUCCCGGCGGCAAGGACGGCUUCCCGGUCGAGUACGAGCAGACCCGCGCAGGCCUCGAGUUGUACGACCUCAAGAACGACAUCGGCGAGACGACCGACGUCGCCGCCGAGCAACCGGAAAUCGUUGCUCGCCUACAAGGACACGCCGAACAGGCGCGGAGGGAGUUGGGCGACGAACUGACGAAGCGCAAAGGGAGCAACGUGCGACCGUCGGGCCGCGCAGCACGGUCGUAG